AGAUACUGAUGCGUCAAGCUGGCAUGGGUGUGUCGCGCCGCAGCCGGAAGUGACGCGAUGUUCGCUGCGGAGCGAGCGUGUGACAGCAGUCGAGUCAAUAAGACGAAUAUCUCCCGUGAUUAACGCGCAACUGGGACUAUUUGUUCUCGCGUCUACGACCGGCUCCUCCGCAGGUUCCCCCGGCAGCUUCACUUGACUCACGCCGGGUUUACCCCCUCCCUGCUCGGCCAACGGCCCUGGCGUGACGGCCGAAGCCUGCAUUUCGCCCCGGGAGCCUCGGCUGCGCUGCCGCCUGGAAGCGAGUGGAAGACGGUUGACGGACGCCCCCCCCGAGCGAACAGCCUCCCCCCCGUCCUAAGUCGAGUUUGUUUGCGUCAUGCCGCUGUUCGGUAAAUCCCACAAGAAUCCGGCGGAAAUCGUCAAGACCCUGAGGGAAAACCUGGCCGUCCUGAUCAAACAGAAAGGGAAGACCGACAAGGCGUCGGAGGAGGUGAACAAGUGCUUGGUGUCCAUGAAGGAGAUCCUGUGUGGGAGCAACGACAAGGAGCCUCACACUGAGACUGUGGCCCAGCUCGCCCAGGAGCUGUACAACAGCGGCCUGCUGAUUUCGCUGGUGGAGAACCUGCAGGUCAUAGACUUUGAGAGGAAGAAGGAUGUGUGUCAGAUCUUCAACAACAUCCUGAGGAGGCAGAUCGGGACGAGGAGCCCCACAGUCGAAUACCUCUGUUCCCAUCAAGAGGUCCUCUUUACACUGCUGAAAGGGUACGAUACGGCUCAGGUAGCUCUGAACUGUGGGAUCAUGCUGCGGGAGUGCAUCCGCCACGAGCCGCUCGCCAAGAUCGUCCUCCACUCUGAGGAUUUCCACAGUUUCUUCACCUACGUGGAGAUGUCCCCCUUCGACAUUGCCUCCGACGCCUUCGCCACCUUCAAGGAUCUCCUGACAAGACACAAAGUGCUUGUGGCUGACUUCCUCGAACAGAACUACGAUGCUGUGUUUGCAAAUUACGAGAAGCUUCUGCUCUCUGAGAACUAUGUCACCAAGAGGCAGUCACUAAAGCUUCUGGGUGAGCUGUUGUUGGACAGAAAAAACUUCACGGUGAUGACGCGCUACAUCAGCAAACCGGAGAAUCUUAAGCUGAUGAUGAAUCUGCUCAGAGACAAGAGUUCCAACAUCCAGUUUGAGGCCUUCCACGUGUUUAAGGUUUUCGUUGCCAAUCCCAACAAGACGCAGCCCAUCAUCGACAUCCUGCUAAAGAACCAGACCAAGCUCAUCGACUUCCUGAGCAACUUCCAGAAGGACCGUUCCGACGACGAGCUGUUCAACAACGAGAAGACGUACAUAAUCAAACAGAUCAGGGAUCUGAAGAAGACGGCCUCCUAGAGAAGCACCCCUCCUUUCCCCUCGCCCCUCGACUUUUUAUCAAUAGGAAGACUUAGAAAACAAAACACAUUAACAUUAAUGGUUGUUCUAUUUAAACAGAAAAAAAUCUUCAAGACGUUAUUCGUCUUUUUUCUUUUUGUUGGUUCAUUAAAAACGUGUGCAGGAGUAGUUCUCAAUCACUGAUUUUAAUUUUUAAUCCUUUGUUUUUGUUUUUUCAUCUGUAGCAUGUAGUGCCACAGCUUGUGGUGUCAGAGGCAGCUGAUUCGCUUUGUUGGGAGAACCAGCGGUUUACAAAAAAGCUUUGGACAGAAUGGUUGACGAACAAGCAGGUGUGAGUGUUUGUUUUUUUUUCUUUUAAUCACUAGUCGCUGCACCCGCGUUCGUCUCUAAACCGUUGAAAUGAAGUACUUUCAUAUCAGAAGGAUAAUGAAGAAUUUCUACUUUUGUUAUUUAAUUUUUUUUUUUAUUUUAGCUGCGUCAACGUUUCUGGCAAGAAGUCCCCAGAGUGGAACACAUUCUCAGUAACCCCUCAAAGCUUCGUGAGCUAAAGAUGUUACCUUCUGCUCUGUAAAACAGCUCUUUAUUGACCUGCCGAAUCCAACGAUUGCCUAAAAAAGUUUUCUUUCUGAAACUAUAAAGCAUCGUCAGACUGGAAUACAACCCUGGAAUUAAAAAAGUCUUCCAAAAGUUUAUGUUUCAGCUAAUUGGUGAUGACGCUGCAGUACAAAAGCAGAUUUUAGCGGCGAGAAGUGCUUCUCGAGGUCACCAGGACUUGGUGCUUGCGUGCAAAAUAUUUUACAGGAGUUAAAUUAAGCUUUAAAUUUGCCCAAUUUGCAGUUUAAGAGCUUUAAUCGGAGUUUAACAUUUGCUGAUGAACGUGUCUAUUGAGUCAAACAUCAUUCUUCCCCGGCUUUAGAAGAAUUCGCCUGUGCCAAUCUAAUUGACUUAACACGACUGAGAAUCGAGGCGUUCGCAGACGGUUGCUUUUAGUCACCGUCGACCGAAGCUCGCAGAUGAAAAGACACUAAUCGUAAAGCGCAUUUGAACGAGGAGCCUUCUUAAGGUGGUGAUGUCGGGCGGCUAUCGGUACAGCAAGCUUCAAUCAUUUGGAUCACUGGUUCUCUUCGCUGGUGGCUGGUUGCACUUUCUGUAUGAUAAAGAAAAAAUAAUAUGAUGAUCCUGAUGAACCGUUUGUUUUUUUUUCUUAAUCUUGAGCUGAUCACACUGCUUGAUGGCAUUUUUUAUAUAUAUAAAUAUAAAUAUAUAGUUUAGUUUCUUGUCAUGUACAGUCAAUUGUUUGCACAAGUGUCACUGUGGGCGUGAACACGGAGGAGGCACUUUGCUGUGUGGAGGAGAGGAGCUGUAAAGAUUUUAGUUUUCUUUGUGUUCUCGGAUCAGAUGUUGGUGUUUAAGUUGAAACGGGCGAGAAGAUUCAGAGGUGCCUUUUUGUUUUGGUGUGUUUCCCUUCUAUUUAUGUUUCUUUUUUUUUCCCUGUAUCUCUCCAGGGGGAGCUUAAUCAUGUGAAGGAAAAUAUGCUCUGGGUUGAACAUAUUUGUUGCGAUUAAGCAGUGAACCUCUUAACUCACUACGUUUGAGUUACGCUGUCCAAGAAUCAUGUUUAUUCACAGCUGAUCUGUUGCCAUAGUGAGCGGAGUCACUUUUUAAGUUUUGCCCACAUGUGUGAAGUUUGAGCUGCAAAUCUUUUGCUGCAGAGUCGAUCUGUAACUGUGAAAAAUCCACAUAUUGUUCAAGGAGAAAAAAAAAAGAAGCUAAAUUAGCAAGGAUUAAAACGCUACUGUGCAUUUUUUUAUUUUCUAAAAAAGUAAAGUAAAAUUUCGAAUUUAUUUCCUAAUCAAUAUUUGAUGUGCAUUAUCAUGAAGAAUAAAUAAAUAUGUCUUUUAAUUAGGACGUUUAUUAGUAAAUUUCAAACUGAAAUAAAGGCAGUAGAGGUGUAGGGUGACUAACAAUCAGGAACUUGUAAAGUGCCAUUUUUCUUUUUUCCCAUUUGGCAUAAAAAAAAAAAUCCUUGUUCUUUGUUUUGGGUGAAAAAUAAAUACAAUACCAGCUAUUUUUGGAUGUUUAAAAGUUGUGACAGUAUUUAUAUGACAUUGAAUAUAAUGCGUAGAGCAACCAGCUGUACACCAGGCUUAAACUCUUCGUUUUUUUUCCAGUUUUACAGCUAAAACAAUAAAAAAGCACGGUCAAGCAAAUUGUCACGUUAUCUGUCCUCUGAAAGCAGCCACUUUUUUUUCCACACAUGCUACUGUACCACAUUCAGCAAAUAAAAGGAUGGGAAUGCA